AUGCCCUUGGGUCUUCAACAACAAGAUUCUGACCUCGUCUUCGCUCAAUCGACGACGACGAACGACGGAUCAACGACUGCGGCGAGCGAUUUUGCGCCAUCUCCCGAGCAUCGUCAUGCUGCUUGGACGGGUCGUCGCUCGGAAAGUUGUAGAAGCAAGACCAGUGACCAGAACAUGACCGCACAAGAUGUCGAGGCCGAGGGGCGACCACCGUAUCUUCAUGUACGUCAGAAACUACCAGGGUGCUAUGUUUGCAUCGCCAUGAUCGCGGGUGGUAUUGGAGGAUCUACUGGCGAUCUACUCAUGCACUCACUCGACACUGUUAAGACGAGACAACAGGGCGAUCCCCACGUUCCUUCAAGAUACACAUCGCUAGGACAGUCCUACUACACGAUAUGGAGACAGGAGGGUAUAAGACGGGGUCUCUAUGGUGGAUGGAUUCCUGCGCUUGGAGGUUCAUUUCCAGGAACGGUUAUGUUCUUCGGUACAUAUGAAUGGAGCAAGCGAUUCUUGAUAGAUCACGGCGUGCAACAGCAUCUUUCAUACCUCACAGCAGGUUUCCUUGGAGACCUCGCAGCAUCUAUCGUCUACGUCCCCUCAGAAGUUCUCAAGACACGCCUCCAGCUUCAAGGCCGUUACAACAACCCCCAUUUCACCUCCGGCUACAACUACCGCGGUACUAUCGACGCUGCUCGAACCAUUGUGCGCGCAGAAGGCGCCUCCGCCUUGUUCUACGGCUACAAGGCCACUCUCUACCGUGAUCUGCCCUUCUCAGCUCUGCAGUUCAUGUUCUGGGAACAGUUCACCACUUGGGCUCGCAAAUACAAGCAGAGCCGCGAUAUCGGAGUUUCCCUAGAGCUUCUCACUGGUGCUGCAGCCGGUGGUCUUGCCGGUGUUAUCACCUGUCCCCUCGACGUGGUCAAGACACGACUCCAGACUCAAGUCAACACACCAACUGAGUCCCGGCAUCCCAAAGACCAUCAUGCCAACUCACAAGUUCGACACAUUUCCACCUCUUCUCCCAGCACACAUCGGCCACGACCUGGCGCCAUUGCUCUCGACACCUCCUCCGUCUUCACAGGACUACGGGUCAUCUACCGAACAGAAGGCGUUGCAGGAUGGUUCCGCGGUGUCGGACCUCGAGGAGUAUGGACAUUCAUCCAGAGUGGCUGCAUGCUGUUCUUGUACCAGCGACUCCUCCGACAGCUUGAGGUUCUGAUGCCCGUCGAACGAGAAGAAAUGUAA